AUGAGCUUUGCAAAAGACUGCACAAAAUUAAGUCCAUCCAAUCAAUAUGCAACAGCAAGUAUGACAGGCGAUAGACUUAAAUCAAAUGAGCUAGACCAUGAACCCAGUUCUUCAUUGCCCUUUAGUAAUGAUAACUCGUUAGAACCCUACCAAAUUUUAGAUGCGUUUACUGUCUGCUUCAAGCAUAUACUUGAUUCGCCCGAAUUGGAGUCCUUUAUUCAGAAAGUCAAAAGUGACCUAUACAAUAGAGAUUAUAUUGCUGCCUUCAAUAAUGACAAUAAGAGGUUUGGCUAUGCUUCAAGGUGGAGCCCGUCAAGGGCAUUGGCUUAUGCAUCGUUAUUCUCCAACUUGCAACCAAUCACAGAGAUGUUACAAGAACCAGAGAAGGUAAAACGUGUGUUAUGUGUUGGUGGUGGGGCAGCAUCAGAAAUUGUGGGAUUGGGCGCUGUGUUCUGCAGACUUAAGGAAUACCACCCUAAUUCUUCCUCGCGAUUGGAUAUUGAUGUUGUGGAUAUUGCGGAUUGGACCAUGGUAUUGAACCAUCUUUCCAAUUAUAUGAAGCAAAACUGGGUACACAAGGAACACAGCUUGAAUACUCAGUUUAUACACGAGGAUGUCUUGUCAGCAAAAAUAGACAACUUGGCAUCGCUUGACUUGAUAACGUUGCUUUUUACUACUAAUGAAUUGUUUGCAGAAAAAAGAAAGGACACAAUAAAGUUCCUACACACGUUGAGUAGCAGUUGCAAAAGUGGUGCUUUGCUAUUGAUUGCUGAAAGUGCUGGUUCCUUUUCCAACAUCACUAUCGGUAAUAAGCAAUUUCCUGUGCAGUUUUUGAUUGACACUAUUCUAGUGGGUAGACAGGGCGAGGAAAACGGCCCUUGGGAAAUCAUUUCUGAAAGUGAGAGCAUUUGGUAUAGGGUUAACGAGAAGGAGUUAACAUACCCACUAAAAUUAGAAAACAUGAGAUUUUUUUAUAGGCUAUAUAGAAGGAAAUAG